AUGUGUUUAGCUGAUUCUUGGGCAAGAUAUAGUGUUCUCCGACAACAGUCAAUAUGCAAACCUUUCCACCAAUUGGAUUCUCUUCAAUCAGCCUCUCAUUUAAAUCAUUCGGAGGUGAAUAAAACAUUUUUGUCGUGUGGAACUGAUGAACAUGGAUCAAAAGUGAAUCGUGCUGCAAGCGCUUGUAAUCUAGACCCAUUACAAUAUUGCAAUCAAAUGAGUCCUUUAUUUAAGGAUCUGUGUCAUGCUACACAUGUCAAUUAUAAUGAUUUUAUACGUACUACUGAAAGUAGACAUAUGAAUGCAGUUCAGGCAUUUUGGAAACGUUUAACCGACAGUGGUUACCUAUAUCGAAGCAAAUAUUCUGGUUGGUAUUGUACCUCGGAUGAAGCAUUCUAUAUGCCAUGGGAAAUUGAAACUUCCUCAUCAGCAUCUCUUUCAAAAGGUGGACCUGUAGCAAAAGAAACUGGUAAUCCAGUAGAAUGGGUUGAAGAAGACAAUUAUGUAUUCAGGAUAUCAUCGUUUAAAAAUGACUUACAUGCAUGGUUAGAUUCAGGAGUAUUUCCUAAAUCCUCCACUCAAUCUAUUUGGACUGAAAUAGCGCAUGGUAUGGUAGAUACAAUUCAAGAUGUAUCUGUAUCAAGGCCAAAAAGUCGUUUGAAUUGGGGUAUACCAGUUCCUGGAGAUGACCAGCAAGUAAUUUAUGUCUGGUUAGAUGCACUAAUCAAUUAUCUGACAGUAACAGGUUUCCCAUGGUCAGAUGAUGAUGGUAAUUCCAAGCGUAUUUUAUGGCCACCAGAUGUGCAAUUUUUAGGCAAAGAUAUAUUAAGAUUUCAUGCCGUACUUUGGCCUGCUUUGCUAAUGGCUACCGAUCUUCCCUUACCAAAACGCCUUAUAUGCCAUCAUCAUUUACUUGUUGAGAAUAUUAAGAUGUCUAAGAGUAAAGGUAAUCAUAUUGAUCCAAUGACUGAACAAUACGAUUUAUUAUCCGAAGAAGUAAAGAAUCUAACACCUGCUGAAUCUGAUGUCCUACGAUAUGUUCUGCUACGUCAACCGUUACUUUCAUUCGAUGGAUCGUAUAGUCGAGAAAUGGCAAAAAAAUUAGUGAAUACAGAACUUGUCAAUUGGAUUGGUAAUCUACUUUCUCGUAUUACAUCUGAAGCACUUAACCCUGAACAGUCUAUUAUCCAGUUGAACCGUAAAGAUGUCGACGACAUUUUCUCUCAUGAUGAAUUGGAUGCUGAUUUCCUCAACAGCUUAGAAAGUCUAUCGCAUCGUUUUGACAAACUUUGGUGGGAUGAAUUACAGCCGCAUAAUGCUAUUGAAGAGGUAUUACGUGUUAUCCGCCUGGCAAAUGCAUUCAUCACUCGACAUACUCCUUGGCAUGAAAAAGACUCGUUACGAAGACAGUAUAUUUUAUCAGUUGUUGCAGAAGCAUUAAGAAUAUGCGGAUUUCUCCUUCAACCUGUUAUACCGAAUUUGUCACUUCGAUUAUUGAACAGACUUGGUGUGUACGCUGCUGAUGGUGACAAGCAAUCAUCAAAUGUCUGUGGUAAACUGCGUGUUUUAGGUGAAAAUAACGAGAAAUUUCUUCGUAAAUUGUAGUGAUUAUGUUAGGCAACUUUACGACCUGUGAAAUGCUGUAUUUAUUUUCUAAUUGUACAU